UGUUGUUUCGAUAUUUACUUAUCUAUUUAUAAAUCACGUGAAAACGGUCAUGUGAUUUUAAAGAAGUGACAAAAUGUCUGCUGCCUUGAAAUUGUGUUUUUAUCUAACAAUUUUGUAUUCUGCCAGUGUUUCUGCUGACCGCAAGGUGUCAACUGAUGUUCAACAAGGCUGUGUGACUAAUAGCUCUGUUUGUGGCAGUUUAGGUCAUGUGACAGCUGUUGGUGGGAAUGAUGUUUUACAUUAUGUUGUUACAACUAUAGGUGUACCAUCAGUGUUUGUUGCCUAUACAUCUGUAGAUGUUAAAUUGUCUGUGAACUGGGACAAGCUUCUGUCUGGUAAUCAAACAGAAAAAGCCAACUCUGUAACGCUGACCCCAGAGACCGAUGUUCAUUAUACAUAUACACUUCUAUUCACCAAGCUGAUAGAUUAUGAUGACACAGACGAUAAAGCAGACAUGUCCCAUUACAGCGCCUCGUCAACGGGAUGGAAUAUCUACGACCUUAACACGUUUACAUGGGACAAUAUUUCAGCCGUCUCUGACGUUAAAGGGAAUUCUCUCAAGAUGCAAGCAUCUAGUCAUCAUCCAUCAGAUUUAUGGGAGUACAACGGAACUUUCUCUAUCCAGUUGAGCGCAUAUAGUAAUUCUGGACGUGAAUCACAAUUACCUCAUCUACAGUACUCUGAAAAUAUCACACAGUUUGAUCUAAAUAUAGAUCACCUAUGGACAAACUUAUCCAAGUCAAGAUUUGGUGUUGAGAUGGUUAUGGUGGGUGGGUCAAAGGAUCCUAUGUUUGUUGAUAACUCCAGGUCUAUUGAUGAUGAAUAUACUCCUGGUGUCUUUACAAUAUUUAAUUGGCUGUCAAAGAAAACUGGGGAUACAGGAUUCCUCCAGUGGAAGCCUGUCUGUUACCAGUCAUUUUCAAGAUCUCGUGAUAAAGCUACAGGAAUGAAGCAUUAUGGGUUACAACUUUUGACAGAAGACAAUAUAGAAGUACUUCAUAACAGUUUGGCAUAUGGUUACUAUGGUAAUGGGAUAACAGACCUGAUGAGUAGAGCUGCAAACAUAAGCUUUGGAUUGGCUAAAGAUGGGGGAUAUAACAAAACUCAAGUUUUGACUUGGUCCGGUUCAGUGGGCUAUGGGACACCACCCAUGGAUACAGUUUCUACGUUAGUUAUUAUCGUUAUCUCCGCCGGACUUGGUUUACCGGCGGUAAUUAUCAUUUUUGGCGGGAUAUUUACAUGUAUUAAGAGGAGAAAUGCUAAAUCAGACAAGCAGCUGAAGGACAUACAGGGAAGUGGAUAUCAACGUGUCGCCGAUGAUGAAUAAAAUUAUGUAACAAUUGUUAACCCCGUAUCCUGCUGAAUUUGUUUAAUGGAUUUGCCCUGUUCUAAAUUUGGAACAGUUCAUUUAAUGUUUAAGGGAUUUCAAUAUUAA